AUGGAAGCCCGACUGACAAUUUACUCGAUUUUAACUUUCGUUGGACAACUUUUAUUCACUUCUUAUAUGAUAAUCCUCUACAUUUCUGCUUCUCAACUUCAAAAGUUCGGUAUAGAUCCCGAUUUGGCAGAACUUAUUUUCUUGGCAGUUUACAAUCAGCUUGCUUGGGUCAACGAUAUCAGUACAAUUGCCAUCCCAGCAUUUUUGCUUCUUUGGGCUUCUGAAAUGAUGCAUUCACACAUUUAUAAAUUAAUUCGAAUAAUUUGUUGCUUACCCAAGGAGAAUAAUAAUGUAGUCAUGGUUAUCCCUAAACAGGCUUUUACUUCAAGUACUACUAAUACACAGAAAUAA